AUGAUGAAUACAUCACGAGGGACAUGGCUGACAUUGUUCGAAGCAUCUCAGACCACGAAUACAAUCCUGAGGGCACUUCCGCCCCUUGACGCCAUGGCUCCCGCCAUGCUUCAGACCCCGCACAAGGAUGAUCUCACUGAAACAUGGGCAUUCCUGGAAGGUGGGAUUGACAGUGUCAUGCUAAAGCUGGAAGAGGGUGUUGACAUGAAGACUUACAUGGCCCUCUACACUGCCGUACACAACUUCUGCACGUCACAGAAGGCCGUCUCCAGCUAUCAUGGACCACAGGCGCAUCGUGGAGCGCACUUGUUGGGCGAGGAACUCUAUAAGCUUUUGGGAGAAUAUCUCUCUCGCCAUCUUCAAGUUGUUCUCCAGCACUCCAAGGGGCACGCCGAAGAGUCACUUUUGGGGUUCUACAUCCGCGAGUGGACUCGCUUCACGACCGCCGCGAAAUACGUCAACCAUCUCUUCAGCUACCUGAACCGUCACUGGGUGAAGCGUGAGAUUGAUGAGGGAAAGAAGAACGUCUACGACGUGUACACGUUGCAUCUGGUCAGAUGGAAGGAUGACUUCUUUGAGAACGUCCACGAGAAGGUUAUGGAUGCCGUGCUCAACUUGAUUGAGAAGCAGCGCAAUGGCGAGACCAUUGAGCAGUCCCAGAUCAAGAGCAUUGUCGACUCAUUUGUUUCCCUGGGCUUGGACGAAAAUGACAGCAAGCGGUCUACCUUGGAGGUCUGCCGACAAUACUUCCAACGUCCCUUCAUCGCUGCAACUCGAACGUACUACGAGAAUGAGUCCCGACAAUUCGUUGCGGAGAAUAGCGUGGUUGAAUACAUGAAAAAAGCCGAGUCUCGCCUGGACGAGGAGAAAGCUCGAGUGGGACUCUAUCUCCACCCGGACGUUGCGAAGGAUCUCACAGAGACUUGCCUGGACGUUUUGGUGGCCGCGCACUCUACCCUUCUUCGUGACGAAUUCCAGGUCUUGCUUGACAAUGAGCGCCAAGAGGACCUUGCACGGAUGUAUCGCCUUCUCUCACGUAUCAGUGACGCCUUGGAACCUCUACGCUCGACUUUCGAGAGUCAUGUGAAGAGAGCCGGCCUUGCUGCGGUAGCAAAAGUUGCCAGUGACAGCCAGAACUUCGAGCCAAAGGUGUAUGUGGAUGCUCUCCUACAAGUGCACACUCGAUAUCAAAACUUGGUCAAUGAAGCCUUCAAUGGCGACAGUGACUUUGUCCGCUCCUUGGAUAAUGCCUGUCGUGAAUUUGUCAACCGCAACCGAGUCUGUCAAGAAAGUUCCACAAAGUCCCCCGAGCUGUUGGCGCGUUACACCGACUCUCUUCUGAAAAAGGGAUCAAAGGCCGCUGAAGAGUCUGAGCUCGAAGACAUGUUGGUGCAGAUCAUGACCGUCUUCAAGUACAUUGAAGACAAAGAUGUGUACCAGAAGUUCUACUCAAAGAUGUUGGCAAAGCGUCUUGUGCACGUCAGCUCCGUUUCAGAUGAUGCUGAGACGAGCAUGAUCAGCAAGCUAAAGGAGGCGUGCGGCUUCGAGUACACCAACAAGCUUCAGCGUAUGUUCCAGGAUAUUCAAAUUUCCAAGGACCUUAACGCAAGCUACAAGGAUUGGCAAGACAAAGUCCUGGACGAUGAUGACCGCAAGCGACUAGUUGAUGCCCAUUACCAAAUUCUGGGCACAGGCUUUUGGCCUCUUCAGGCUCCCACAUCCGAUUUCACUGCGCCAAUUGAGAUCAACCGCACAGCUGAGCGAUUCUCAAAGUUCUACUUCGACAAGCACAAUGGCCGUAAGUUGACUUGGCUGUGGCAGCUUUGUAAGGGUGAAGUCAAGGCGAACUACGUCAAAAAUGCGAAAGUGCCAUACACAUUCCAAGUCUCCACCUACCAGAUGGGUAUCUUGCUCCUGUUCAACGAAGCAGACACCCUUUCCUACACUGAUAUUCAGGCAGCCACCAAGCUGGUCCCUGAGCUUCUCGAUCCCAACUUGAGUAUUUUCUUGAAGGCUCGAGUACUCACCAUUAGCCCCGAAGGCGCCAAGCCCGAUCCCUCCGCCACAUUCUCUCUUAACUACAACUUCAAGAACAAGAAAUUGAAGGUCAACCUCAAUAUUCAAAUCAAGUCCGAGCAGAAAGUGGAAACCGACGAUACGCAUAAGACCAUAGAAGAGGACCGGAAGUUGCUGCUCCAGUCCGCUAUUGUACGAAUCAUGAAGUCGCGCAAGAAGAUGAGACACGUCCAGCUUGUGAACGAAGUCAUCCAACAAGUCAAGUCUCGCUUCCCGCCUCAAGUGUCAGAUAUCAAGAAGAACAUUGAAGCGUUGAUGGAGAAAGACUACAUUGAGCGUCUUGAUGGAGAUGAGAUAUCUUACAUUGCCUAA